AUGGAGGAUGCUGCAACCCUACGAGCCGCGAGUCAGACACUCGCGAUCAAAGGACCGCCGAAGAUGAAAGAGCAUAAAGACCAGCCUCCGACCCGGGACCCCAGACGGAAGGGUCAGGACGAGCGGAAGCCGAAGCGGAAGAAAUAUGACAAUUACACCCCACUGAAUUCCUCCCUAUCACGUAUCAUGAGGGAGAAAGCCUCCACCGACCUCAGGGACCGACCCCCUCCACUCCUGACGAGGGGGGACAAGCUGGAUUCUAAGAGAUUUUGUGAAUUCCACGACAGCCCAGGCCACAACACGGACGAGUGCCUGAAUCUCAAGGACAAAGUGGAGGAACUGAUCAGAGCAGGCAGGUUGUCUAGAUAUGUGGCCAUGUCAUCAGGUGACCUUCCCCGGCCGCGCUCACCGCCCCCCAGGCGGUCAUCGACCCCACCAAGACACCGUGCCCCAACCCCUCCAAGGCACCGUGUCCGAACCCCUCCAAAGCGCCGAUCGACAGAUCGCCAGGACUGA